ACAGCCAUAACUAUAUAUCGAACAGGUAGUGGGCAUCUCGGAGUGGGCGAGUGAGGCCGGACAUGGCGGUGCGCAGCGAGCUCCUGCUCUUGUGUUCCGUGAUGAUCGCGUUGGUUCUGGUGGAGGGGGCGGAGGGGGGGAGACGGCCGCGGGCGGGGCUGGCGGGGCAGCUGCUGCGAUCGCACAACGCGGCGCGGGCCGCGGUGGGGCUGCCGCCGCUGGCCUGGGACGCGCGGCUGGCGCGGUACGCCGAGUCGUACGGCGGGAGGCGGCGGAGGGACUGCGCGCUGGCCCAUUCCGGGGGGCCGUACGGGGAGAACAUCUUCUGGGGGAGCGGGGCGCGGUGGCGGCCGGCCCAGGCGGCGGCGGCCUGGGUCGGGGAGCGCCGCUGGUACCACUACCGCUCCAACUCCUGCUCCGCCCCCGAGUGCGGCCACUACACCCAGAUAGUGUGGCGGAGCACCCGGCGGUUGGGCUGCGCCAUGGUGAGCUGCUCAGGGAGGAAGGGGGUGCUCGUGGUCUGUGAGUACGACCCCCCCGGCAACUACAUCGGGGAAAGGCCUUAUUGAUUCCCCCUCCCCCCCCCCCCCCCCCCCACAUCGCCAUUGAUUUGA